GGGACCUCUGGAUUCCUGGAUGUCGAGCAGCAGUAUCUCUGGCACCCGGUCGUGGGCUCAGAAGGGAGCUUGUUAGCUGAGGAAUCCCAUAUACAGAGCAGGCACUCCACCACGGAAGGAGGGGCAGCCUUUGUCCCUAGCUUGACUCGCUUGGAGCACUUUUCACAGAGGCAUAGCCCACUUACCAUGGGGGGCCAAUUUAGCAAGCACUUUUUAUCCAGAACAUCUGUUGAGAGCCAAGAAGCCAAAGCCCAGCCAGAGGGAAGUGGGUUCAGCUCUAGCCUAGGGAGCCUUGUAGGAAGAGUGUCCUGGAUGCUGGCGGAUGCAGGACGUGUGCUUACAAACACUUUGAAGGAACAAACUGGUGGUAGAGGAAGUGCUUGGUACAAUCAAAUGUGCUCAAUGGCAAAGGAUCUUCCUCUUGUACACCAUAUCCAAUUUGAGUUGACUUUAAGACCACAGGCAAACCCAACUCUGAAGACAACCCAAUUUCGCCGCAAUCUGUCUCAUAGUGAUAUUUUGUCAGUAAGAGAACAGAGUGUAGCAUUGUCUUCCAUGCAAGAUCUGUCAAGAUCCAAUACAGGCGAAUGGAAGAGCCCCUUAAUGGCUUUGGAGGCAACUCAGACAGGGGAUUCGGUGACCACCCAGAGAAGUGAGGGGCUGAAGGUAUGCUGCCAAAGACUUCACCCUGUACCUGAAUCCUUGCUCCAGCUCCAGAACCUUCCACCUCAACAGCUUCUCUCCUGCCUACAUAGUGUCAUCCCUGCCCCCUUGCUAAUGGAAGAGCGAGUGUUCGCUCUAUACUGGCUCGGUGUA